UCCUUAAAUGGUUAGUGCCUGGGCUCUAUGCAAACCGCUGCCCUUGUUUUUAACAGGCCUUGCCUUGCAAAACCCGCAUCCUGAGAUCACAUGCCUGAGCGCUAAAUAGAAAAAGGGGGAGAGAGGGGUUGCAGAGGUUAAGUACAUCUUGCAAGAGAGAGAGAGAGAGAGAGAGAGAGAGAGAGGAUGAACACUGAUAUCACUGCAUUGGCGAAGCCGGAGUACCCGGUGGUGGACCGGAAUCCCCCCUUCACAAAGACGGUGGCCAAUUUCAGCACCCUCGACUACCUCCGCCUCACCACCAUCACUGGCGUCUCCGUCACUGUUGGUUACCUCUCAGGGAUUAGACCCAAUAUCAGGGGGCCAUCGAUGGUGACUGGAGGUCUGAUUGGUCUAAUGGGUGGUUUCAUGUAUGCCUACCAGAACUCUGCAGGUCGUCUUAUGGGUUUCUUCCCUAAUGAUGAAGAGGUCGCUCGCUACAAGAAGUAGUCUUGCAAAACCCUAUAAUUUUUGCUGCAGUUUUCAAUUGAGUAAGAGGAGAAAUGUUGUAAACAAGUCUUUGAUGAGCAUGUAUGGUUCAGUGCUAAUAAUUGAUAAUGGGGCUUCUUGGAUUUUCGUUGAUUCUGGUUUUGACUGGGUUAUUUGGUUUGAACUUUGAACUGCUAGAUGCUAGAAUCUCAUCCUUGGAUAAGUGGGAUUUGAUUAUUGGAAUAUAUGUUGUCAUUUGUUCCCCUGAUAAUGUUUGUGCAAUGCUAGUAAGAGAUGAUAAAUUUUGAAAUUGUAAGAUUAUUUUGGCUUAAUGGGGUUUGGUUUUAUAAGAAGGA